UGCGCUUAGCCUGAAGCAUUGUGGGAUUGCAACAUUAUGACGGAGUGUAGGGUUGGCUAUCAUGCAAAGAGAAUGAUCACUGUUUAAACCUAAACAAAUCAUUUAACUAUCAUAUAUCUUAUCGAUUUCUAUUGCUCUUGAAGAUAAUUUUCAAGGUAAUGUGACUUCUAAACUCUUAUUUCUCUUAUCAACGCUCCAAAAGAGGUUAAACAAGGCGGCCAGGAAGUGACCAGCCUUUCUCACACGCGGAUUCUCGAGUCGGUGGCAAAGACAGAGAAACAUGGCUUUUACAGACCCCACAGGCUCAAGUCACAAGUUUUUAAAGGCUGCAUCGCUACUGUAUCACGACAUUUGUCCGGAGCAGUCACGUUUUCUCAUGGGGAGACACCAGAGAAUGAAAGCUCCAGCCAAGUUCCAGCCCAUCCCUGAAGAAGAGCUCUGUCCCUUCUGUUUCCAGUGGCGUCGCCCAGACAACCACCGCAUGCGGCUGCAUCCCAAGCGGCAUGCAUCGGUGAGGGUGCAGAGCGUGUUGCAGAGGGAGGGCAAGGGCAAGAGGCUCAGCCUGGCUCAGAUGGACAUCUUACGGAGGUUCAGGGGCUCCUCAUCAUCUCUGGUGGUUACAUGCCACACCUGUAACAGCACGUCCAAGCAUAACGGCGUCAACAGGAACUUCAUAGCCACUCUCUCCAAGAGCCACUGCACCCCCUGGAGCGCAGGCAAACACAAGACUCCCCAGUCCACCAACAGAACCAACGCCUCCAAAGACAAGACGCCCUGCAGUACGCCAAGAUCAACCUCUAAGACCCCCGGUUCCUCCUCGGCCUCAAAGCCCGCAAGUGUGAAGAAGUUGGCCUUCUCCCGCCUCAAGAGGUUCCUCAUGCUGGAGGACAACCAAAAGACCAAGACUAAGGGAGGACUCAAAGACUUCCUCUCCUCCCUCUGAAUGACUGACAAACACUGGGCUCCGUUGCAUGGGCCCAAGAGUCAGCCAUGACACUGAACCAGUCUCUCUCUGGCCUGCUUAGAAUGGCCCUGCUGGAAUUCAGAACAACAAGGCUAUAGGAGGGAGGAGUCGGCUGUCAGUCAAUAAGUGCCACAGCGCCACCUGUUGAGAGAAUUAAAGGGGCAUGUUUUUUUUCUUCACAUGCCACCCCCCAACUGCCCCUGAGGUCCCCCUUCUGUAGAGCUGUCCCAACUGGGAAUGGUCCCACACCACCACAUCACUCAGGAAUUCCACUGUCCCAACUGGGAAUGGUCCCACACCACCACAUCACUCAAGUAAUUCCUUUAUUACUUGGUUAUUGUCCUCUGGUUUGUAUUUUGUUCUGGGUUUAUUUUGGGGAACUCCACAAGGCAUGUCUUCUUGAAACUCUCCCUCUUGUUAGAUCACCAGCCAGGUAGGGCUGAUCAUUUGUUACUAUCUUAUGAUCACUGUGCCAAACACAUGUUUGUUUACUGAUGGUUUUGAGAAUCAUAUUUGGGUGAAUCGGACACAUCAACUGUUUAUAAUGAAAUAGGCGAUAGGCCUGAAACUUGUGAUGCGAUUUAACUACAUUUUUUUAUUUUACAAUAGUUCUGUUUCUUGUUAUUGAUGGUUUUCAUUUUAUCUUUUAGUAAGUUCAUAUUCACAAUUACUAUUAGACUGCAUGUUGUAAUGGCUGCUUUGAUCCAACACAAUUUAUAACAAAGAUUUUCUUUGGUUGUAAUUAAUCCAAUGUGUGGGUCUGUAUCAUUGCAUAUAAUCCUGAAUGACCUCACAUGUAUAUUCCUUCUACAUUUUGCUUCUCUGAAAUAAACUUUCUCAAUUGAAA